CCCCAGGCCUUCAUAUAAGUGCUUCCCAUCAUUUCCCAUGCUGCGUAGUGCGACCACAAGGGCGCUGCGCCCACGCACGCCGCGGCGCACGCUCAAGCUCCUCGUCGGCGCCCACCUCGUGCCCCACCCGGAUAAAAAGGACGGCGAGGACGCCUUCUACGCGUCGUCGCGGCAGGCGGCGUUGGGCGUCGCCGACGGCGUCGGCGGGUCGAAGCGCGAGGGCGUCGACCCUGGGGCGUUCAGCCGACGUUUAUUGGCGCACGCGGUGACCGAGAGGCGACCCGCGGACGAGGCCGUCGCGAAAGCAAGGGAGGCGGUCAAGGACGACGUCUUGUGCAAAAAGGGCGGCUCGUCGACUCUGUUGGUCGCCACUCUUGACGACGCGACGCUUUCUGUCUCGAACCUCGGCGACUCCGCCUUGAUCGUGCUGAGGCCGACGCCGCGCAAACGAGGCGACGUUGUACAAUUGUGGCCGCGGAUACUACUAAGGACCCACGACCAAACCCAUUAUUUCAAUUGUCCUUACCAGGCCUCGGCGUCGGACGAGGCGCCCGCCGAUGCUGAUUUGGGCGCCUGCGGCGCGGACACCAUCGCCGCGCAUGUGAGGAGCGGCGACCUGGUGAUUGCGGCGACGGACGGCUACUGGGACAACGUCUUCGAUAGUACGACCCUGGCAACUAUCGCUCCCCGAUUACCGGCGCUCUGGGCCGCGGCGGCGCACCAGAACGCCUUUGGUGGUUUAUCAAAACGCGUCCAGCGCAUGACGGACGACGCCGCGGGCCGGGACCCCGCGCGCGAAGCGUUGGACGCGCUCGCGGAGACGUUGGCAGGGGUCGCAGUCUCAAUAGCGGGAGAGGACGCGGCCGUGACGCCCUUCGCGGCGUCGGCGCGCGACGACGGCUUGAGCUUCGAGGGCGGCAAGGAGGACGACGUCGCGGUCGUCUGCGGUUUGGUCGUGGAGGAUGAUGUCGAGCUCUCGGCGGUCGACGAGGCGCCGCGGCACAACUUCGAGUCCGUGCUGACGGCGCGGGAGCGGAUCGCGCUGGCGUGA